AUGUUCACUAUAAAAAAACUAUCCUCAUUCCUUCUGCAUGAUCUGCUAAUCACCGCUCACAAUGAUGCAGGAUCUACUGAAGAAGAAUAUAGUUUCGCAACUUUAACUUUACAAGGAGGAACUAUACCCCCUCCAACUACAGGGAAACAUUUUAUUUUUCUCGAAGAUCCGGCUAUUUUAGUGCCUAUAAUAUGUGCAAUAGUCGUAUUAGUUGUUAUCAUUAGCGUUACAACAUUCGUUGUAGUGUGGAAAAGAAGAGAAAGUGGAGGAGACGUAUCAUCGGAUCUCUAUUCUAGAAAUUCCGGAGGGAGGGCGGAUGACAUAUCCAUGAGCUCAUACGGAAAAGCCAAAGGUAAUUCCGUUUACGACGCACAGAGGGAGCCACUGUACUAUCCCUUGCCUUAUGCCACAACUCAUAUCCCAACUAGCCAAUCGGAAAGUAGAAAUCUGGAGUCUCCAGAAUGCUUACGCCCAAAUAAAUCUCGAACCACAGAGCAUACGUAUGAUGUACCGCACCGCGUACAGAGAAGACCCGAAAACCUUCCACAUCAGUAUUCAAGAUUAUGGACGAACGGUCGAGACAAUACUGAUAAACAGCCUAACAUUGAUGUUACAAUAAAAGAACUAGACGAAUAUUCUGGCGAUCUAUCAUUAAAUGAAAAAUAUCACAGAUACGGACAAUCCAAUACAAGAUGUGCUUUGACCUCUUCCUACACUUCCCAUUACAUGUGUAGUUGAGUAAAAUCAAUACGGGGCGAAGCCGGAUGACAUAGACUGUCAUUGGAAUGUAAUAAUUUUUCAAGGAGGUCCUAAACUUGUUGC